GCUGACACCUUCAGCAGGGCUGAUACCUUCAGUCUUAGUAAAAAGGAAGGUCAUUACAUGCAGGUCGUGGAGAUUAUUUACUCUGUUCAGUAGAAUGGGGGAAAACAUAAGACCAUGUCUGACCUGGAUUUUAAAGGGUUUAAUGACGGCUGUCCUUGGAAUGCUUGCAGCUGGGAAAACCAUGUCAUGCUCAGCAGAGAAGCUCAAUAUGCUCACACGACUAAGAGGGGACAAAGUCAACAUCCACUGUCCUCUCCCUUUCGAUCAAUUUGAAGCUGUUUCUGUAACUUUGAUGAGGUCAAACAACAGAAAAGUUUGCACCAAAACUUAUAAUAACAAUCAUUGGAUGGGAAAUUGUACCCGUUACAGUAUAUUGUGGAAUAAUGAGACAAAAGCUAUAUAUGUAAGUAUACUAGAGCUCCAGAUAAAUGACUCUGAUAUAUACACCUGUGAAGUGUUUAAAUUGUAUCCGCCCGACCGAAAUAAAAGACAAAACAGCACCACAUCUCUUUGUGUAACAGCCCGUCCCACUGUGACUGUGUCCCAGGUGGAGGGGUCCAGUGGACCCCCACUGUUAGUCUGCGUUGCCCACAGCUUUUACCCAGGUAGAGUAGAGCAGGUGUGGCUUCGUGACGGACAGCACCUCAAUGUCACGCCCACACUCUCUGCCAACAUGGACGGCACCUUCAGUCUCAACACGUCCCUGUCUCCGUCUUCAAAGCAAGCUUAGGAUGAGGUGUUCACCUGCUGGGUCAACCACUCCACUCUCAGCCAGCCCAUCACUUUCAACUAUACUCUAUCUCUCAGUAGAGAGAAGAGACAUAUGCUCAAAGAUCUGCAUAUAAUUUCAAUAGUGAGUGGGACAGUCUUUGUUGGACUGAUCAUCCUUUUUGGAUCUAACAUCA